AUGUCGGUUGUCGAGGUUGAUUAUCUGAACAAUAAUAGACGUGCUGCGAUUGCUGCCACCAUAUCACUACGAUACCAUAAACUCGACGAUAAACAAACUUAUCUUGUUCAAAAAGUCCUUGGUCUUUGUCGGGAUGUUUCUGAAGUGACAACGACCAAGGUUCACGAGGCGAUCUUGCAACGCACGGAUCUGCAAGAAGCAUUACAAGAGCAACCUUGGGCUAUCAACACGAUUGACGACGCUGGCGACUCUCCUCUUCUUCUUGCGACUGGUCUAAAUCAAGUCAAGUCCAUGGAAGUUCUCAUUUCAGCAGGAGCUGAUGUUAAUCAACGAUCGUACACGGGAUUGACUGCUCUCAUGUUCGCAGCCUACGCAGAAAACGUCGAGUCUGUAAAGAUGCUGCUCAAGUCCAGAUCUAACGUUAAUUUGUGCGAUGAGGAAGGCGUAACAGCAUUGCAUCACGCCUCGAUGAAAGCCAACCCCGAGGUCAUCAGGCUUUUGCUCGCGGCAGGAGCAUCUGUAAAGCAGCGAAAUAAUAUUGGUGGCACGCCACUUCAUUAUCUGGCCGAUUCUGAAAAGAUCAGACAUCAAGACAUCGAAGCAACAAUUGAGAUGCUGCUCGUGGCAGGAUCUGACCUUGAGGCACGAAGCAUUCAAGGGGAUACCACUUUCCUUCGAUCAAUUCGAUGCGAUAAGCUGGAAAUCACCAGAGGCUUGGUAAAUGCAGGUUGCUCUGUCAAUGCUUCUGACUGCGAGUCUCGAAACGUGCUGCAUCUUGCCGCCAGACACGCUUCACUGGAACUACUUGAUUAUAUUUCUGACUUGGACCUAUCUGGCAUUGACCCAUAUCAACAAGACUCAUUUGGCGAAACACCCUUUGAUGAACUCGUCAGGGUCUCUCAUAUUACUGACGAAUGGGACUUGGAAAAUUGUCGUAGGCCAAGUCUUGUUGAGCAAGAAGCCUUUAUGGACCUGUAUCAAGGCGUCCGAGAUCAAGCCCUACAGAAUGAUAUUCAGAAUCUUGAGCGAUUACUCGGCACGUUGCAAGAGCAGGACAUUGCAGUCUCGCAAGAAUAUCUAGCCAUGUUGGUCGAAACAGAGAAACGGCGGGAGCGUGAAAAUCUGGUUGCUUGGUAUCGAGCUGUCGACAAGCGAAUCGAGCACGCGGAAUGGGAAUUGGCAACAGAAGAUAUAGAAGAUCAUCUACUAGACUUGCAAGAAGAACUCGCAACCUCAGUUUGGGAGAUCCCAUCGAGAUACGGAUACUUAUGGGAACUUGAUGAUGGGGAAUCAGUCAGUGAAGAGGGAUCUGAAUUCUCGGAUAAUUCUGACCGACGGGUCGAAUAUGAGGAUAAUGGCCACGCAGCCUAA